CCGCACCAGAACUCGGGAGCACGACCCGCCCGAGCCAGCAAACGACGAGACCCGUUUCGCCCCUUGUCCCCUCGGUUUCGCCACCGCUCCCCGGCGAUCUACGCAACCCGCCGCCGCCGCCGCAGAUCUCGCCGAGGAGGCGGGGAUCGGUCCCGCCGAUCUGCUGGGGGCCGGCCAACUGGACCUGUAAGGCGAGGCUCUUCGCGCCCGGUUGAGUUCUCGAGGCGCUACGCUCCGAGGGUUUCGGCACCCUUGCUUCCCCAUAUGGCUGCUUCCACAUCUCAGCAUGUACUAUCAUCCACCAAGUUGUGGUCCAACAGCUGCUUCAGUCUUGAGAAGAGAACUUGUCAUGUGCAUUCUGUUUCAGUAGGGCGUCGCUGCCCCAGUGCCCGAAAUUUGGGUCUAGUUUGUUCUUCAAAGUCACAAUCUUCAGUGGUUGAGCCAGUUCAGCUACCGGGGAGCCCUAAAAGUGGUACAACCCCAAAGAAGUCAAGUGAAAGUGCACUUAUACUGAUACGGCAUGGCGAAUCGUUGUGGAAUGAGAAGAACCUGUUUACUGGAUGCGUCGAUGUUCCGCUGACCCCGAAGGGUGUUGAGGAGGCAAUUGAAGCGGGUAAAAGGAUAUGCAAUAUCCCGGUUGAUGUAAUAUACACUUCAUCACUAAUUCGUGCUCAGAUGACUGCUAUGCUUGCCAUGAUGCAGCACCGCCGUAAGAAGGUUCCAAUCAUUGUCCACAAUGAGAGUGAACAAGCUCACAAGUGGAGUCGGAUAUACAGUGAAGAGACAAAGAAGCAGUCCAUUCCAGUCAUAACAGCUUGGCAGUUAAAUGAGCGAAUGUAUGGUGAACUGCAAGGUCUUAACAAGCAAGAAACUGCCGACCGGUUUGGCAAAGAACAAGUUCAUGAAUGGCGUCGCAGCUAUGAUAUUCCUCCCCCAAAUGGCGAGAGCCUUGAGAUGUGUGCGGAGAGAGCAGUUGCUUAUUUCAAAGAUCAAAUUAUACCUCAACUUGUGGCUGGAAAGCAUGUGAUGAUUGCUGCCCAUGGGAAUUCGCUUCGUUCGAUUAUAAUGCAUUUGGACAAGUUGACUUCUCAAGAGGUUAUCAGCCUUGAGCUGUCUACUGGCAUUCCUAUGCUGUAUAUAUUUAAAGAAGGGAAAUUCAUCAGGCGAGGAAGUCCCGCAGGACCUUCUGAAGCAGGUGUCUAUGCUUAUACCAAGAAUUUGGCUCAGUACCGACAGAAGCUUGACAGCAUGAUUCAGUAACCAUCUGUAGCCAUGCAGGCUUCAUUUUCUACUGUUCGCUAAGACACUCAUCCGUCGAACAUGCUUUUGGUCCCGAAAGAACUGUUAAGUCCAUACUGUUCAGCAUCUUUGAGAUCUACAAGCAACUGAACUUUGUAGUAUCUCGUUUAUUCCUUUCGAAUGCUUGCAGAAUGUAGGGAUAAUUAGGUAAUGAGCCAGAGAUAGAGAUGGGGAUAAAUUUUGAUGACCAUUGUAUUCUCGCUCGCGUUCCCCAUUCAUUAGAUUGAAAUAUUUGUAAUGGUGGGUGCAGUAGUAAACACCUUUACUGGACUGUAUGAAAUGAAAUGGUAUGGCCAGAUAUCUGUUCCUCGUUUCA